AUGGCAGUUGUCGCCGCAUUGUCAGUUGUUGUUGGACCUAUUACUGAAUUGGUCAAGGCUGUGAUUCCUCUUUGUCGGCGCCAUCUUGGUUAUCUUGUUCACUACAAGAGAAACAUUAAUGAGCUUCGAGAGCAAAUGAAUAAACUUGAAAAACUGAGAACAGAUGUUGGGCAGUCCGUUGAUGUCGAUCGAAGCCGAGGACAAGUGAUCAAAGAAAUGAGAGAAGUACGAAGUUGGUUAGAUGGAGUUGAUGCCGCCAUAGUACUACUUCAAGAGAACAAGGGAUGUUGCUUCCAAUGGGACUGUGGCCGUGCUCAUUAUCAUGUGGGCAAAGAAGCAAAAAGGAAGACCGAUGUAGUCAUUAAUCUCCUAAGGGAAGAAGCCCAAUUUGAUGGCUCUGUGUCAAUUCCUCCUCCACCUCCUCUUGGCAUAGAAUCCAUGUCUUCAAUGCUUGAUUUCCAAGUUUUUGAGCCCACUAAGUUGGCGAUGGAGCAAAUUAUGGAAGCGUUGGAGGACAAGAAGUUCAACUUCAUCGGAGUUUAUGGGAUGGGUGGGGUCGGUAAGACGACCAUGAUGAAUGAAUUGGCAAAGAAACUGAAAAAAGAAGGGUUUUUUGAUCAGGUUGUGAUGGUCACCGUGUCUCAAAACCUUAUUUUGAAGAAGAUUCAAGAUGAAAUUGGAGAGAACUUGGGGUUCAAAAUCGAGGAAGAAGCCGAAUCGGUAAGAGCAAGACGUUUAUCGGCGAGAAUUGAGCAAGAGGAACGAAUCCUCAUAAUCUUGGACGAUCUAUGGAACCCAUUGAAAUUAACGAAGGUUGGCAUUCCUUGUGGAGACAGAGUGAUCGGCGACAUAAUUGGCGGCAACGAUGGAAGAAGAUGCAAUUGCAACGUCAUUAUCACAACAAGAUUCUUAGAAGUGUGCGAUCAAAUGAGCACCCAAUACAAUGUUGAAGUGAUGUUAUUAGAGGAAGCAGAUGCAUGGAAGCUAUUUGGAAUGAGCGUAGGUGGUGAUCGAGUGAACUCCUCAGAGCUGAAUGAAGUGGCCAGGGAAGUUGUUAAAGAAUGUGGGGGUUUGCCGGUGGCACUUGUUACAGUUGGAAAGGCACUACGAAAUAAGGACCGGACCAUAUGGGUUGAUGCACUUGCCCAACUGAAGAGGUCAAUCCCAUCGAGAAUUCUAGGUAUGCAAAAACAAGAAGAUUUGCUUCCUUAUGUGUGGGCUGAGGAUAUAUUUGAAGCAAUUGAAAACAUAAAUGAAGCCAGAAAUAGGUUGCAUACGGUGUUGGACACACUUAAGCGGUCAAGUUUGUUGUUAAAUGUUGAGGAUCGUAGAAGAAAUGGAUGUGUUAGGAUGCACGAUAUCAUUCGAGAUGUCGCCAUUUGGAUUGCAUCACAGGAAGAUCAACAUGGCUUUGUUGUAAAAGCUGGAAGAGGACUGGAGGAGUGGCCAAAUAUGGAGAACCUAAGAAAUUGCAAGCGACUCUCGCUAAUGCAAAACAAAAUCAAUAAGUUCCCCGAACAGAUGAGUUAUUGCUCCCAACUCGGGACCAUAUCAUUACGGGAUAAUCGAUCUUUGAGGGAAAUCCUUGAUGGAUGUUUUGAGGGUAUGAAAUCACUCAAAGUUCUAGAUCUCCGAAACACAGAUAUUGUUUCAAUACCAUCGUCAUUCUCAUGGUUAACGGAGCAGCUUCGAGUGUUACAUCUAAAUAUAGUUAAGUCUUCUUUAGAUUUGUCAGCACUUGGGAACAUGAAGAAACUUGAAAUACUCAACCUAAGUAGCUCCCUCGGAUUAAGGACCUUGCCAAAAGAAAUAGGGGGCUUGACAAAUCUAAAGUCCUUGGAUUUGUCAAGAAACUCUAGGUUGAUUAUUCCCCCAAAAAUCUUGUCCAAGUUAUCUCGCUUAGAAGAACUCCAUGUAUUGCAAAGCUUUGAUGGGUGGGAGGUCGAUGAAGGAUCAAAAAAAGAUGGUAGUAGUUGUAGUAGUAGUAAGGCUUGUUUGUCUGAGGUGGCAUCCUUGGCUCGUUUGACAAGGGUUGAAUUAGUGGUAUCAAACAUAGAAUGCCUCAUGAGUUCCAAUACCACCAUCUCAUUACAAUUGGGUGCACAAAACUUGACCCAUUUUUAUAUUGGGUGCUCAUUCAUUCCGAUGCGGAGGACUGUAGCUUGGAGUUCUUAUAUUAUCCCCAUUGAAGGUAAUUAUGAAGCUACGCUGUUAUUUUGA